CGAUCCUUGGUUUUGUGACGUUGUGCCGCUCCAUCUUCAAUCAGCGCGCUCGGGGCAGGCAAUGAAGCGCAAACAGCACUCAAAGUCCAACUACAAAACAAAGCAGGGCAAAGGAAAGCACGGCAAGCAUGGUAACAAGAAGGCCAAGGUGAACGACGAAGCGUUCGACUGGGGCGACAGCAACAACAACAUUGCAUCCGACAACGAAGUGUCCGACGACGAAGGCAAGAAGAAAGCUGCCGACAGCGACGAAGACGACCCGUACGCGAACGAAACAAACGACGAAAAGCGUGUGCGCCUUGCCAAAGCAUACUUGGGCAAACUCAAAGACAAAUUCCAAGACGAAGACGACGACGCAGAUCCGGCCGAUCGGUUGGCGUCCCAACUGGAAAAGGAUGUGCAGGAAUCGUCUGGCAAACUCUUCAAGCAGGUCGCGCACAAGCUGGCAGAGUUUGAGUUUGAUCACGAAUCGUGCAAAUGGCUCAAGGGCCACAAGCUGCCUGUGACAACCGUGUGCGUCACCGAAGACGGGAGCGUCAUUUACUCGAGCUCCAAGGGCGGCUCAAUUUUGAAGUGGUCGAUCGGCGAAGGUGGCAUCACAAAGACCAAAUUGGUCGUGCCGUUCGACGACGAAGCGGACGACAGCCACGCAGCCUCUAACAAGAAGCCUCAGAAGAAAAUCCCCGACCACAAAAAGACUAUCCUGGCACUGGCAGUGAGUUCAGACAGCAAGUUUCUCGCAAGUGGUGGCGUCGACAAGAUCCUGCGGGUCUGGGACGUCGCGUCCAACGAACUGCUCGAAAGCUUCAAAGGCCAUCGCGACGCCAUCUCGAGUUUGGCAUUUCGAAAGAAAGCGCACAUGUUGUUUUCGGGCUCGUACGAUCGCACGGUGAAGCACUGGAACCUCACGGAAAUGGGCUACGUCGAAACCUUGUUUGGUCAUCAGAACGAAAUCACCGCCAUCGAUUGCCUGCAGAAGGAUCGCGUCGUCAGUGUCGGCCGCGAUGCCAGCCUCCGUGUGUGGAAAAUCCCCGAGGAAACCCAGCUCGUCUUUCACGGCUCUGGCUCGCUGGACAGCCUCGCAAUGGUCUCGGACGAGUACUACGUCACGGGGGACGAUGGAGGAUCGUUGUCGCUCUGGUUCAACGGCAAGAAAAAGCCGACGUACGUCGUGCGCGCUGCACACGGCGGCAAGUGGAUUACCAGUGUCGCGGUGCUGCCGCGGUCGGACCUCGUGGCCACGGGGUCCUCGGAUGGGUUUGUUCGGCUAUGGAAAGCCAACCUGAAAGAACGAUCCCUCGAACCCGUGGCGUCAAUUCCCAUGGACGGAUUUGUAAAUGCACUGGCCUUUCCCAAAACCGGAUCGUUUCUCGUCGCGGGCGUUGGCAAGGAGCACCGGUGCGGGCGGUGGGAAGUCAACAAGUCUGCCGCGAACGGCGUCGUCCUCGUGGCGCUUCCCCAGCUCUUCGACGAGUAGAUGCCCUCCCCCCAUUCCAAGUCGAUCAUUAUCCAACUAAGCUAAACUCAUGCCACAUUCCAUCCGACCAUGCGUUGUUACAUCAAGUCAUCCAAUGCUGUCUCGUCCAAACACACGACGGCACCAUCGUCGUCGUCGUCUUCGUCGAGGGCAAAUGCCGUCACGCCCGUCGACGGCUCUGCCUCCGGUUCCUCUUGGUGUGUCGAGGUUGGUGGCGAUGUCGUCGAUGGCGGAGGAAGGUCUUCAGCUCCGGCCUUGGAGAGGGGCAUGGACAAAACAAAACCAGGGGUGCAUUUGGCAGCAGUCGGAGACGUCUCGCGUGACGACGUCGACACAAUGAUGCUCGACCGCGACGUUUUCGGCGACAGUUUGGGUUUGCUGGAAGACGUGGCGGAUUCGUUCGCGUCGAGUUGGAGCGACGACUGCGUCGCCGCCUUUUGUAAGGACUCGGCCAUUGCCUUUCCAUCCAGCGAAUCCCGAUGACGCAUCGACGACGUGCUACCCAUGGGUGCCCCCCGAAUGAUCGACUUGGACGAGUGCCGGCGAGUGCCAAUGUUUGAGUUACCGCGCUCGAUGGCAUUGCUGUCUUUCGUCCGCCGCGACGACGACGCUGUCAUGGCUUUCGCAGCUCCAAAUGCUUCCUUGCUCUCAUCGACUUCGGACGGAUCGACGAUCUUCCGAGGGGUUCUUGCACGUUGUAGCUCUGGAUUCAUGGAUUCUACCAACGCACUGCCUUCGACUGCUGCGACGCUCGUCGACUCGUUUGCUUUCUGUGUGAUGGUAGUCGAGUUCUUGGGUGUCAAAGAAGUCUUGUUGGCAAUGGGGUCAGCCACUGCUGCAGUUGCCUGUGUGGGGACACCGCCAGCACGUUGAACGGCGGACGUUGGCUGAGGUAAGCUGUUCUCGUUGCUAACUUUGCUUGGCGUUGCGAUCGCUUCCGACUCUGACGUGGAGGGUUUUGUGGACGUGGGGGCACUUGCUUCGCGCGUCGACGCCGUCUUUGUGAGCUUUUGAAGCGUCUUGUCAUUUAGUGCCCACUGCAACGACUGCCGAGGGGUCUUGGGGAUCGUUGCCUGUCGCACAAGUUCCCACUUCAUCACUUUCAUGCGCUCUUCUGCGACGGCAGCAGCGGCGAUCUUCUCUUGUGCUUCCAACUGGGCCGUCGCGACCUGCAUGGCAGUCGGAUGUCGCUGAGUUCGUCUACAGGUCAGGCAAGCGUACCAUGUCCUCCAGGACCGACAUCUUAUACUUCAGCAUACGCCGCUCAUCCUCAAGCUUGGAGAUUUCUUCUGCUCGUUUUGCCUCCAGCGCAUGCAGCCCCACGAUCUCCUUCCUCAACGCACUCUGCCCACAACCCAUCGCGUGUCACUCGCUCAAGGCCACCGAUUGUUCCCUCUAAAUAUAGCGACAAGAUCUUGUCGAGUAAAAGAACCCCAGUGUCCGACAUCUUGGCUCUGCAUGAAUGAAAGCUGCAAAGAUGGUGAACCCGAACAUACAUCGCUUCGCCUGAUAAUUCGUGCUGAGUGGUCCGAGCGCAUGGCCGCAUCCAGCCAGCUCAAGUCAUCAUCCGCCUCUUGAGCCGUUGUUCAGCCAGUUUUGAAUUCACUGCGUGCGUCGUCUCGCGUUGCGCGUGUGCUCGAUAUGUGCAAAGGCGCAUUGCAGACGGCGCGUUGGUGCUGAACGUGUGGUUU